AUGGAUACCCAAAAAACAUUGGAUAGUUUCAUUAAGAGUAGAAAAAGACCUACCAACGAUGAUGGUUUGCUUAAAAAGGAACUUGUGAACAAUAGUUUUGGAAUAAAUAAACCAACUAGAAAAUUAUCGUUUGAUUAUACGGUGCAGCAAAAGAUUAAAAAGCCAAAGAUUGAUUCUGGUAUAACAAAAACAAUUUUUCAAAAUAAUCUAAACGCUGCUGUAGUUAAUAAUACAGUUGAAAAAAUUUUAGAGAAAAAAGAGGCUGAGACUGAGAACAAAAAUGAAAUUCAUUCAGAAAGAGCUACAACUCCAGAUCAAACAGUAUCAACUAAAGCCAAAUUACGUAAAGAAUUGGAUUUGGGUGAAUUUCGCAAAAUCGUUCGUCGUAAAAUCAAUCUUAAAGAAUUACAAGAAAAGUUGAGCUCAGUAGAACAAUCUCAAAUUGAUCUUAAAUCAGCGGAAUCUAAAGUAGAAACUGCCAAAAAUCAUUACUUAUCUUCAUUUAAAUCAGUCGAUCUCUUGGUUGAUACCAGCCCAGUAAAAGUUGCAUCUAGUUCCAUAGCAAAAUCUCAGCUUAAACCUACAGCCUUGUUUCUUAGCCCAGCACAAUCUAUCGUUAGUCCAAGAAAAAUGGUGGCCACUCAGCCUAAUGAAUAUAUUUCGCCUAAAAAAUUAUUAAAUGAAGUAGGAUCUCUUUUGGCUUUUUCGCCAUCAAAACGAUAUGCAGCAUUAGUUGAUUCUAAAACAUUACCUUUGCCUUUGAAGUAUCGAAUUUUGGAUGAAUUAUUUAAAGCUGUGGAAACUGUUUCAUCAAUGAUGUUUGUUAGAAAAGAAAAAAUUACAUUUAAUAAACUCAAACGUGGCGUGCAGCACAUGACUAGAAAAAACUUUACUGAAUUGCAUUUGGCACAAAUUAAAACUGUAGUCCCAGAUUUCUUCAAGUUUGCAUUAAUAAAAUCACCAAAAGAAAAAUCUAAUUAUGAAUUAGUAAUAAUUCCAAAUUAUGGUUUAAAUGAUGAAGAUAACAUAGACUUAAUUAAAUUAACAACUCGAAGAAAAAAAGCAUUUUAUAAUGCACUACUUGACAUUAUGAAGGAGCAUCAUGAAAAAUAUUUAAAUACAUUAAUUCCACCUAUUGUGAUUGACAAAGAAAAAAUAACCAGAUGGCAUCCUGAGUUUGAUGUUGAAACCGUUAAAGAUAUCAUUCCUUCAACAUUACCUAAAAUUGAAAUUAAAAAACCAAAAAUAGAAACCGCAAAAGACUUAUUGGAUAAAUCACAUGUAUUAUUUGCUUAUAAUAAUCGUUUGAAUCGAACUCUUACUACAAUGAACAAUGAAAAUAAAAGUUUACCUGAAAAAAAAUUUCCAUCAACAGAUGCAAAAAAUGCAUUAAAAGGAGCACUUAAAGGAAUUCCUAAAUCAUUUUUAAAAAGGAUUCAAGAAAAGCAAGCACAAAAAGCCAAAGAGUUGAUGACACGGUCGGUGGGCCAAUUAGAUGAAGAUAGAAUGAUGAAUAGAUUACCUGAUAUUGCAAGAGGUAUGCGUACCUAUUUUGUACAACUUCAAAGAAAUGUAAUGCCAUUCAAAAAAGUCAUCGAUCAAUUAAAGCAGAGUUACCCUGAAGCUAUGACAGACGAGGAAUGGAAAGCUCACAUAAAUCUCCUCCAAGAAAAAGUACCUCACUGGAUUGUAUCAAAAGUCUUUGAUGGAAUUGAACAUAUUCGAAUUGAUAAAAAAGUUGAAUUUGAAGAAACUGUAAUUAAAACAUUGAACAAAUAGUUUUUAUUUAACAGACUAAAAUUCAUCAAU